GAGCUCUCCUACUUUGGAGUGAAGGUAGCUAUGAUCGAGCCUGGUUACUUCAACACUGAUGUCACCAACCCUGAGAAGAUUUCUAGGGCCACCCAAGAGGCAUGGGACCGGCUCAGCCCGGAGGUGAAGGAGCUCUAUGGGGAGAAGUUCCUGGCAUCUGGUGAGUGAGCUGUGGGCUGGGGAAAAGGAAGCAAACCUUUGUGUGGCUGCCCUGGGCCCAUCUCUAGCGCCUCCUACAGACCCAGGUCCCUCCUGCAGGCUCGAGUCCCCCACACAGUGGGGACAUUUUGUUCCAUCCCCGUGGUCCCAUGUGGUCACCUGGUGACCUCAGGGAAGAUCCAGGCUUGUCAGACCUGGGGACCGCUGUUUCCUCCGAUGCCCUCGUUGUUUGGGGAGGACCCUGAAGCCAGAGGGGGAAGAAGACAGGCGUGGAUUCCUGGCAAGCUGGCAUGAGAACGGCUGGUUUUCAGGUGCUUAGAAGUCUAGUGUUUGUAGAGACCUCGGUUCUGCAGAGCACAUAUUCCCGGGAAUAGAGCCAGAGGGGGCUUAGUGUGGAGAGCCUUCCUGUGGUAGGAGGUGGGACACACCCGGCAGAAAUCCAUGUACCAGAUCCUCACACUGAAGGCAGGGUUGUGUCUCCACAGUUUUGGGCUCCCACUCCGGUGGCGGAGGCUGCAUAUCCGUAGGGCUGGAAACAAGCUUGUACAAUCAGUACUCACUCCCUGCCCUCUCCAGCUCCCUUUCCCAUCACCUAUGGCUCCCCUCUUCAGAUGAGCCAUGGUGGGUGAAGAGGCAGAGGGUGGGGGUGGGGCCGCCUGGGAGGUGGUCCUGCCGAGCCUCCAGCAGGGCACCACCAGGGGGCGUGCGCCUCCGCCUCGCCGCGCACUUGGCUUACAGGUGCAGUCCCGGAGCCUGGCAGAGCAGCCUCGCCCUCCGCAGGUCGCCUGUCUCACUGUCCAGACGUCCUGUGCAGGAUCUCAGUGCAGAGAUUAGUGGCAACUAGUCUCCAUCCCCCUGGGGCCGCUGCAGGGUUUCUCGUUCUGGCCCCCACAGCUCCCAGCUUGUGUGCUCCCCUCACCAUGUGGCUGUCCGUGGUGGCCCUCGUGGGCCUCUACUACCUCCUGCGCUGGUACUGGGAGAGGCAGGUGGUGAGCCACCUCCAGGACAAGUACGUCUUCAUCACGGGCUGCGACUCGGGCUUCGGGAACCUGCUGGCCAGGCAGCUGGACCUGCGAGGCUUGAGGGUGCUGGCCGCGUGUCUGACGGAGGAGGGGGCCCAGCAGCUGAGAGGCCAGACGUCAGACAGGCUGGAGACGGUGAUCCUGGACGUCACCAAGACAGAGAGCAUCUCUGCGGCCGCCCAGUGGGUGAAGGAACGUGUGGGGGACAGAGGACUCUGGGGCCUGGUGAAUAAUGCUGGCAUCUCUGUGCCCACGGCACCCAAUGAGUGGCUGACCAGGCGUGACUUCAUGAAGAUACUUGACGUGAACCUGUUGGGGUUGUUGGAGGUGACACUGAGCCUGCUGUCCCUAGUGAGGAAGGCGAGGGGCCGCGUGGUCAAUGUCUCCAGCAUCAUGGGCCGGCUGUCCCUUUUUGGUGGGGGCUACUGCAUCUCCAAGUAUGGCGUCGAGGCCUUCUCGGACUCCCUCAGGAGGGAGCUCUCCUACUUUGGAGUGAAGGUAGCUAUGAUCGAGCCUGGUUACUUCAACACUGAUGUCACCAGCCCUGAGAAGAUUUCUAGGGCCACCCAAGAGGCAUGGGACCGGCUCAGCCCGGAGGUGAAGGAGCUCUAUGGGGAGAAGUUCCUGGCAUCUGUCAAGAAAUCAGUUGAAAAGCUGAAGUCAACAUGUUGCAACAAUCUGUACUUGGUGACGAACUGCAUGGAACAUGCCCUGACAGCCUGCCACCCCCGCACCCGAUACUCCCCAGGCUGGGAUGCUAAGCUCUUCUACAUCCCCAUGAGCUACAUGCCCACCUUGCUGGUGGACGCCAUGAUCUACUGGAAUUCUCCGAGACCUGAUAAGGCUCUGUAACCCAAGCCUGGGGUGCAUGGCUUUCCUGGGAUAUGACUCAGGAUUCUGGAGAUAUCAGGAGGAAAGGACCAAGUUUCAUGGCUGAGCAACAGGGACCCAAUAGCACACACACAUGCCCUGUUCCCCGAAUGGCUUCUAAAGGCUCUGAGCUUCUUUGGCGCUCCGGCCACCUUGAGGAAUCCAUACUCUUGGCAGAGUGUCAGCAGCAGGGAGGUCUCAGCCCCCACCUGCUCUACCUCUGUCCUCCUACUCAGGGUGUCCCCCUCCCACAGGAUGGACAUAGCCUGGGGGAGUUCAUGCCCCUCUCCACUGAAGAUACCUAAUGCCAGAACAGAUGUGAAUGGGGACGACCAGCCAGACCCAUUAGCCUGAGGAGCCAACUCACAGACCUUGGUUAAAAGGACAUGUCUAUAAUCAGACACAGAGGACACAGAAACCAGCUACUGGGGCACCUGGGUGGCUCAAUCGGUUAAGCGUCUGCCUUCAGCUCAGGUCAUGAUCUCAGGGUCCUGGGAUCAAGCCCCUGUGUCGGGCUCCCUGCUCAGUGGGCAGUCUGAUUCUCCCUCUCCCUCUGUGCCUCCCCCCUACUUGUGUGCUCUCUCUCUGUGUCAAAUAAAUAAAACCGAAAGAAAGAAAGAAAGAAAGAAAGAAAGAAAGAAAGAAAGAAAGAAAGAAAGAAAGAAAGAAA